AUGGAACUCCGAAAAGCUGCUCUCCUAUCGGCUGAUCAAGUUCAAAGAGACAUUUUAGAGAAUGCUGUUGGGAAAGAUAAUAAGAAUUUCUACUUGAAAUUAAGGCCGGAAGCAUUUUGCCAGAAGAAAGUAAAAAUUGGAGAGAGGAAAGAGGACGGAGGGAAAAUUGUGUGCGAUCCGGAGGCAGUGAAGGAGGAUUGCACACUGAUGUCACUGGGGCUCAACAAUCAAGUACAGUUUGAUCAAGAGAUGUACAAUGUAACAGGACGGAAAUGUGACUAUAUUGCAGCGGAUAUGGACCCCCAAAACAUGAACACCUACCGUAUUUUUGCUGCAAUGAGGGCUCACGUCUACGCUGGAAAAAUUCCUGAUAACCUAACGAUUUCUCAUAUGAUGGAACAGGAAUUCAAGACGGAAUUGGAAAUUCUGAAGAUCGAUAUAGAAGGUGGAGAGCAUACUGGUUUGGAACCAUUCCUGCAAAAGUAUUAUGUCUGUCAGAUCCUUAUCGAAAUCCAUGGGUGGCCGGCGGAACACUUGGAGAUGCUUCAAAAGAUUGCUAGAUAUGGAUUCAGAAUAUUCAACAUUGAACCGAACAAAAUGUGCUCCAGAUGUUGUGAAUACAGUUUUAUUAAUGAGUUGUGCAUGCCACAGUUUGGUGUAUUGCCAUUGGCUAUUACUAUUCCGAGAAAUCUCACAAAUGUAUAA